AUUCGCAAGCAGAAUAACAGAGAGGCAACAUGAAAUUCCUGUCAAUUUUUGUGAUGAUGGCGCUCAUCAUCUGCGCUGCUUGCAAGAAUCACGAGGAGUGGAAAGGACAGCGACCAGGGGAUUACGAUCGCAGACCAUAUUCUAACCCUUAUGCUUAAGAAACUUGUGAAAAACUUACGACUAAAGGAAACAUAAUAAACAAUUAGAAUGAGUUUAAAAAUGUA